AUGGAUAAUAAGAGGCAUUUCGUUUUGGUUCAUGGAGCUUCCCAUGGAGCAUGGUGUUGGUACAAGCUUGUUACUCUAUUGAAAUCUUCUGGACAUAAAGUCACAGCAUUAGACCUGGCUGCUUCUGGUAUCAAUCCAAAACAAGUGCUUGAAUUGAAUUCUGUUGCAGAAUAUUAUGAACCGUUGAUUGAUUUUAUAAGGUCAUUGCCACAAGAGGAGAGGGUAAUCCUUGUGGGUCAUAGCUUUGGUGGGAUUUGUACAUCUAUGGCUAUGGAAUUUUUUCCAAAGAAAAUAGCAGUUGGUGUCUUUGUUGCAUCUGUAGCACUUACUCCUGAGGAGGGUUCCAACUCUAAAUCAAAGAGUAUAUUUGAGGAUAGCUUAAAUAAUAUAUUAAGAGGAUCCAUGAUAUUAGGCCCAGAAUUCAUAGCAUCCCAUAUGUAUCAACUAUCUCCACCUGAGGACUUUUCUCUUGCAAUGUCAUUACUAAGGCCUAUGAAUACAUUCGAUGAUCAAGAACUAUUUAAAGAGCAAACAACGGUCACAAAAGAUAAUUUGGGAUCUGUUGCUAAAGUUUUCGUUGUGGGUAAAGAAGACAAAAUGCUUACACAAAAUCCUGGGAAUGAUGCCAAAGUGAUUCCUGAUGCUGAUCACAUGGUCAUGUUCUCUAAACCUCAAGAGCUUUUUGCAUAUUUUCAAGAAGUUGCAGAGACAUAUUAUUAG